AUGGCGGACGCAACCUUGGGGCGCUCCCAAGGGCGUCUUCGCCCGCCCGUGGCCGAGGGGGGAAUCCGCGUAAGCGGAGACCCGGACGAGCCCCAGGAGGGGCUCCGACUCGGGGAGCGCGAGAGAAAAGCCUCUUUCUUGACCGAAUGUCCCUUUAUCCACCCAUCCCGAGCUCGCUUGCUGCAGUUCCAGGGAGGCGUGUGGUCGUUGAGCACAGUCCUGUGUGAUGCCUUGAUGACAAUGGAUGUGAUGCUGUGCACAGCCUCCAUUUUCAAUCUCUGUGCAAUCAGCGUGGAUCGGUUCAUUGCUGUCUCCAUUCCAUUGAACUACAACCGGCGGCAAAUUGACCUGCGGCAGCUGAUCCUCAUCUCCACCACUUGGAUCCUGGCUUUUGCUGUGGCUUCCCCGGUCAUCUUUGGCCUCAACAAUGUUCCCAACCGGGACCCUACUUUGUGUCAGUUGGAAGAUAACAACUAUGUUGUGUAUUCCUCCAUUUGUUCUUUCUUCAUUCCUUGUCCUGUCAUGCUGGUCCUCUACUGCGCCAUGUUCCAUGGACUCAGGCGCUGGGAGGAGGCCCGAAGGGCCAAGCUGAAGAGCAGCAUUUACUUGGGCAGCAGGAAGCUGUAUUAUCCACCUCCCGUCAUUGAGAGGAACCAGACUGAGAUUAAGUUGGAGGAACAUAACCUGUACGCACACUCUGAGUGUGCUUUUCCCAGGGACUAUGUGAACAAUGGCAUUCAGACUGUGUCCUACCCACACCUCAGGUUUCCGCCACCUGCAGGACUCAAAAGAAAAAGAGCUAAAAUCAAUGGCCGGGAAAGAAAGGCGAUGAAGGUGCUGCCAGUUGUGGUUGGUGCUUUCCUCUUCUGCUGGACGCCUUUCUUUGUGGUCCAUAUCACCAGAGCUCUUUGUGAUACCUGCAUCAUUCCUGGCGAAGUCACCAGUAUUGUCACAUGGCUGGGCUAUGUCAACAGUGCUCUCAACCCUAUCAUCUACACGAUCUUCAACACCGAGUUCAGGAACUACUUCCGCAAAGUUUUGCACAUCUUUUGCUAA